AUGUCCGAACCUGAGCGAUUAUUUCUUGAAUAUUACCAGCUGAAGACAGCUUUCCCUACAGAAUGGCCGGCAGAAAAAGAUGAUAGUGAGGUUUCGGACGAGGAGCUUGCUGAGGCCUCCCGAAAAGGGGCAUCCAGAAAGUCCAGAUCGAGAUAUUCAGCCUUGGUAAAAGCUGCAAGUAAUCGAAAAAGUUACUUUUCAGGUUCUCAAAUAGCUAUGAAUGGGGCAGAAACACUAGUCCAAAGAGAUGAACCAGAUCCUCUCGGCUCAACGGACAGUGUCGUUGGAAAACUGAAGAUGUCGGGCCUACCUGUCCAAGAUAAUCCAUCAAUGCGAAAUAAAUUUCUUCUCUCAUCCACUACCUUCUCACCAUCUUUGUUCCUCUCUCAAGUUCAUUCCAAAGCCUCGACACAAGAUCUACUAGAUGGUCUGGAUCUUCUGUCACGAUCAAUUGACCAGAAGUCAGCUUCCUUAAAAGUUUUGGUAGAAUCAAAUUUUGAACGGUUUGUGAGGGCCAAGGCCACGAUUGAUAAUGUCUAUAAAGAAAUGAGGUAUCAAGGUGAAGAACCUACACCGGUCACUACACGACCACGCCCACACUCAAGACAUGCAAGCAGGAACAGUUUUCGAGCAAGCAGCGGUAACCAGACGUCUAUGAUGACCCAAACCACAGAUGUAAAGAAGAAGAAUGCUCUAGCUAAAGAAAGCGAAUAUGGGGUCCUCGGUAUUAAAUUACACUUAUUAGAUGUAUCCGCUAAAGCUGAGGAGGUUUGGGGACCAGCUCUAGGAGGGCAGGAGACCGAAGAUAGCUUGAAACUAUUGAUGACGACUAUUGAACAGUAUAAAGAGAUUUAUGAGCUCAGUGGAUCAAUCUCAGAUAGCAUUCGACGCAAAGACUUUGAGGCGAUAAUAGAGGAUUAUGGAAAGGCGAAGCAGUUUGCUGACGAGGCUAAGAAACUGUCGGAUGAAUUGGAGUCAACAACACCCUCCGAUUCCCAAAUUUUCCAAAUUUUGCUAGCCGCACGUGUUUGGAGCGAUGUUGAAGAACUUGUUGAAGACUUCAAACGUGAUCUAUGGAGGAAGCUAAUUUCUGCCCCAAAUACAUCUCCUGAGUUAGACGGAACUUCAGGAGGUUCUCAAGAUCAGCAUAUAGAGUUAAUUUCUAUACUUUUAGAGCUAGGUGUGACCGAUAAUCCUAUUUUAGUCUGGUUAUCAAAUCGAUAUAAUCAUCUAAAAACUAAAAUUCAGGUUACAUCAGAUCGCUCAAGAGUUGAGGUAGAAAUAAUGCGGCGACGUCUCGCGAAUAGCGACAGGCCAACAGAUAAGACCAUUGCGACAAACUUGAAAUCUCUAUAUCGCCAUAACGUUGAAAACAAUCCUCUAUCAAUUGAUUCACAAGAAGUGAUCGAAUUCUGGGAUAAAAUACAAAGUUUUUUAGACAUUUUGCUAUCAAAUCAAGGAAUUCUUGGCGAAGUCACUGGAUACUGUCAAUCCGUAGAAAGCUUCGUUGACGGAAAGGCUCAACAAAUUUAUCGUACAAGUAUCAAUGAGGUUCUAUUUCAGAAAAAUCGACUUUCUAAAGCUGAGGCAGUGGAACUGCGAAAGGGAACUAUGGAGCUCGUCAACCUAGUGAGAGAAACCAUAUUUGAAUUUUUUUCUGAUCCGCCCAUUGACGAUAUAUCGGCUCUCUUCUCACCGUUAUUACAAACACCACGGACGCCUUCAUUUUCUGUUCAGUUACCUCAGUCCAAUCUUAGAGAUCCACGAAUGAGCUUUGACGCCAGUAAUAUGCCCCCUCCCUCUCCCAAAAGAGGAGAAGCAUGGGAAAAGUAUGCUUUCUGGCCUCCUUGGGCGAAUACCUUAAGCGGAGUAUAUCACCUCGGACGAUUUCUUGUGUUGAUCGGCACUAGCACGAAUCAAAUGUCUGCAUUAUUUCCAGAUAAUUCCACUAUUGAGAAUUUAAAAUCUCUCGUAAGUACCAUACGUGAGAGAUGUGCCACCGCACUAUAUGCGGCAUGGAAUAGAGAUGCGGAAAACUUUAAGGUGCUAGAAGAUUGGGAAAGGUCACCAGAGAAGAGCGAUCAAACAAAGAUGCCUAUGUACUUUGGCGCAUUUGAAAGUGCUGUCUUGAAUGGAAUGCAGAAAAUAUUGUACAUAUCAGAUGCGCAAGUCAAGCCUAAUUCAGUAAAUGUUGUCACACCACCCUCAGCAAAACUUUUGCAGAUGGUUCGGAGUCAAUUUGUUACGACUCUGUACAAGUCCCUUGCUGGGCUUGUAGAGAAUGCCGAGAAAUCUACCUACAGGGAAGUUGAUAAAUGGACACAAGAUUCCAAUGAUCUCAUUAGCCCGACAGUGCUGUUAAAUGCAAAAGUUUUGGGAACAGGGUCUGUUGAUUCUAGCGAUAGGAAUGUCCGUAUGCUUUUAACUUUGAGUAACUUGCAGGCUCUUCGUACUGAGAUUGUGCCGAAUCUAACUGCUCAAUUUGAGAACGCAUUCUCUGUAAAACUUACUGAAGAAACAAAAACUAUACGGGAUGUUCUGGGGCAGAUUGAUGCCCGACUCUUCUCUUCAUUUACACGGCCAUUUGUCGACUCUAUUCGAACCAACAUUCGAGCAGGAAUCAAUUCGCCAUCAUGGUCAUCCACUGAUAAGCCCCGAGAAGUUCGUCCCUAUGUUUACGAAGUGUUAUUAUCUUUAGUCCUUGUUCACACGCAAGUCUUUACUACAGCCUCCUCUCUUACAACACAAGUUCUAUCCUAUUAUCUUGAGCAGAUUUCGAUGGAAAUUCUAGAUGUCUUUAAACUUCGUCAGCGCUGGACCCUGCCCGAACUCAUGCAAGCAACACUUGACGUAGAGUUUAUUUCACAAAUAUUGAGCCAGUAUACAACUGAAAAAUCUAGUGAUAUGCAGAGUCAAAUUUAUCAGGAAUUGGAUAAAGGCACAGACAGUGAGGCAAGAGCAUUGCUUCAAGCUGAACUACCGGAAAUGAGAGCGAUUCUAAAGAGGCUAAGGGAUAGGUGUAGAGUUGAGUUCGCUUGCUUCAAGAGAAGUAGAAAUCGAUUAGAAAGGGCGCCAGCUUCAUCCAUACUAUCAGAAGUGCCGAUAUUGAAGGCUGCGUACUGUUUAACCCGGCCUAUUUAG